AUGCCCUCCGAAACCACCAAGCCCAUCCGCUACAUCCCCCUAUCCUACAACCAUGCCGACUCGCAGGCGUCCGCGCUGCGGCUCGUCCUGACCCUCAACCCGCACUGGGAGGGCCCCGACAACCAGAUCGAAUUCGUGCGCUUCACGGACGGCAUCACCAACACUCUCCUUAAAAUCAUCAACCGCAAGCCCGGCCUGUCGGAGGAGCAGAUAGACAACGAAUCUGUACUGAUGAGAGCGUACGGUAACCACACAGAGAUCCUCAUAGACCGCGAAAGGGAAACGAGCUCCCACGCUCUCCUCGCCAGCCAUGGCUUAGCCCCCCCUCUGCUGGCGCGCUUCCACAACGGCCUGCUGUAUCGCUUCCUGCGCGGCCGCCCCGCCAGCCACGAGGACCUGGUGACCGGCAUCGUCUGGCGCGGCGUGGCCCGCCGCCUGGCGCAGUGGCACGCCGUGCUGCCCACCGAGGCGUCGGCCGCCCCGGCAGAGGCCGUGCCCAUGACGCGCCCAGUAGACGUCGAGUCCCUGAAGCUGAAGAAGGACGAUCUGACCCUGAUCACGCCGCAGCAGCCGGGGCCGAACAUGUGGACCGUGAUGCAGAAGUGGAUCCUGGCGCUCCCGACGGCCACCGACGAGCAGCGCCAGCGCCGCCUCAACCUGCAGAAGGAGCUCGAGUGGGUGGUCCGUGAGCUGGACGAUGGAACCGGGCUGGGCGAAGGCGGAUUGGUCUUCUCGCACUGCGACCUGCUCUGCGCCAACGUCAUCGUCCUGCCCGACGGGGUCACGACAGCCGACGGCGACGCCACGGCGACGGUCAACUUCAUCGACUACGAGUACGCCACCCCGUCGCCGGCCGCCUUCGACAUCGCCAACCACUUCGCCGAGUGGGGGGGCUACGACUGCGACUACAACAUGAUGCCGACGCGGACGGUGCGCCACCAGUUUCUGUCCGAGUACGUGCGGAGCUACAGCCACCACCGGGGGAUCCCCGAGGAGUCGCAGCCGGAGAUCGUCGAGCGACUGUACGAGGACGUGGAUCGGUUCCGCGGGAUUCCGGGGCUGUACUGGGGCGUGUGGUCUCUCAUCCAGGCGCAGAUCUCGCAGAUCGACUUCGACUACGCGUCAUACGCGGAGGUGCGGCUGGGCGAGUACUACGCGUGGCGGCGCGAGCUGGACGGGUCGCGGGCGCAGGCGGGCGAAGAGAUGCCGUUGCGCGAGCGGCGAUGGGCGCAGGAGGCGUGAUGAGUUGCCGGAUGCAGCUGAUGAGGAAAAGUGUAUAUACAGGAUUUUGCAUGCCAGUAGGUUCAGCGAGCAUGACGCGCCUUGUUAGACCGAGGGGGGUGAUGUUGGAGACUUGGAGGAGUACCUAGGGUGGUGCUGCGCAUUCUUGUGUAUAGGUUAGUUAUGAUUGAUUGAUUGUUGAUAGAUAAUGUAAUCGAUGGAUAUGGA